AUGCUUUCCCUCCUUGCCCCCAAGCUGGGCUGCCUACUGAAGAUCCCAGUGCUGAAGUUCCUGCUGCACUCCGCCUCCUACCUGUGGUUCCUCCUCUUCCUGUUAGGCGAGUCCCUGGCCAUGGAGACACAGCUGAGUACCUUCCGUGGCCGCAGCCAGAGCGUCUGGGAGACCUCCCUACACAUGGUUUGGGUCACAGGUUUCCUGUGGUUUGAGUGCAAGGAGGUGUGGAUUGAGGGCCUGCGCAGUUACCUCCUUGACUGGUGGAACUUCCUGGACAUGGUCAUCCUGUCUCUGUACCUAGCGGCCUUCGCACUGCGCCUCCUCCUGGCCGGGCUUGCCCACAUGCACUGCCGGGAUGCCCCCAGUGGGGCUGCCUGCCACUAUUUCACCACAGCUGAGAGAAGUGAGUGGCACACAGAGGACCCCCAGUUCUUGGCGGAGGUGCUGUUUGCUGUCACCAGCAUGCUCAGCUUCACCCGCCUGGCCUACAUUCUGCCGGCUCACGAGUCCCUGGGCACUCUGCAGAUUUCCAUUGGCAAGAUGAUUGACGACAUGAUCCGGUUCAUGUUCAUCCUCAUGAUCAUCCUGACCGCCUUUCUCUGUGGUCUCAACAACAUCUAUGUGCCCUACCAGGAGACAGAACGGCUGGGCAAUUUCAACGAGACAUUCCAGUUUCUGUUCUGGACCAUGUUCGGCAUGGAGGAGCACAGCGUCGUCGACAUGCCUCAGUUUCUGGUGCCUGAAUUCAUGGGCCGGGCCCUCUAUGGCAUCUUUACCAUCGUCAUGGUCAUUGUGCUGCUCAACAUGCUCAUUGCCAUGAUUACCAACUCCUUCCAGAAGAUUGAGGAUGAUGCGGAUGUGGAGUGGAAGUUCGCUCGCUCCAAGCUCUACCUGUCCUACUUCCGAGAAGGCCUGACGCUACCUGUGCCCUUCAACAUCCUGCCCUCCCCCAAGGCCCUCUUCUACCUUCUCAGGAGAAUUUUCCACUUCAUCUGCUGUUGCUGCUCCUGCCACCAAACCAAGAAGCCAGACUAUCCGCCAAUCCCCACCUUUGUGAGUACCUCCUCUGCUUGUCAUUGGUCUUCUUCAGGCUGGGCCUUCACCUGUAUUGUCUACACUGCCUGGUUAUCUGCACACUCCUUGUCUGUCUUUCUGGCCAAUCCGCAGGCAGGGGCAGGGCCUGGGGAAGGAGAGCAAGGAUCCUAUCACCUCCAAGUCAUCAAGGCCCUGGUACAACGCUACAUAGAGAGAGCCCAGCGGGAGUUUGAAGAGACCCGGCGGAAAGACCUGGGCAACAGACUGACGGAGCUGACCAAGACUGUGUCUUGCCUGCAAAGCGAGGUGGCUGGUGUGCAGCGGACCCUGGCAGAGGGAGGGACACGCCGGCCACCUGGAGGUGCCAGCAUCCUCAGUCGCUACAUCACCCAAGUGCGUAACAGCUUCCAGAAUCUGGGCCCUCCCAUCCCUGAAACUCCAGAGCUCACAGUGCCAGGGAUUGAGGGGACCCAGGUACCUUCAGAACCUGGGCUUCAGGAUGUUGGAGGGGCUAGGAUGCCAGCUUCUGGAGAGUCUGACCCUUCCUCCCCAGCUCGUGUGUUAGUGCACAGGGAGCAGGAAUCAGAGGCGGAGGGGGACCUGCUCUGGGAGGAAGAUUUGGGGGUCAAGGGGGGGGCCCGGGGGCGGGGGAGAGUCCUUUCUUCCGUUGCUAGGUAG